AUGGAGCCACCAGCGGCAAAUACGAUUCAACAUGGCAGCAAGUUUUCCGGGACACACUCCGUCCACGACAAUGGACACCUGAACAACAUCGGGACGGUGGCAGCCACAAAUGUCAUUUUCAAUCAGAAUAGUCUUGGCCAUUUAAAUACAGAAACCUCCAGACUCAAAUAUCCCCUUUCCCACGUCCUCCGGCGCAACCCCCGUUUCGUGGGCCGCCAGGAUAUCCUCAACCAGAUCGACACGAGGAUCCAACAAUACGGAAGGGCAGCAAUCAGCGGGAUGGCCGGCGUUGGCAAGUCCCAAAUCGCACUCGAGUACUGCCACCGGGUCAAGGAACAACAGCCGCAUAUUAACAUCUUCUUCGCGCAUGCGGGCACCAGGGAGAGACUGGCAGCCGAUUAUACCACCCUCGCAGAGAGGUUGGGUAUCCUCGGCCUGGAUAAUCCGAGGGUGGAUAUCCUUGCGCUCGUUGCGGAACGGCUGAGUGAUGAUUCCUACGGCCGGUGGCUGUUUGUGCUGGAUGGUGCGGACGACCGGAGACUGCUUUCUAGGGGCGAGAUGGGAUCAACUUCGUUUACGAGAUAUAUUCCUAACUGCGAGGGUUGUUCGGUCUUGGUCACGACAAAGGACAAGGUCGUUGCGCGGGAGUUGGAUAUGGGGCCUGUGAUUCAGGUGGAUUGUCCGGGAAUGUGUGAGGUGAAGGAAUUGUUUCGAGCCCAGAUGAUGAGCACCGGAGAAGAUAAAACUGCAGCGGACGAUGAUACCGAGGCAAUAAUUACUUUGGCGAGUGAGGUAGGUAACCUGCCUCUGGCAAUUAACCAGGCCGCUGCAUUCAUCCAGAACAGCAUGAUCUCCCUCCGGGAAUAUAUCGAGAUCCUUCAGGCAAGUCUCGGCAACAGGAUGUAUCUCCUUGGCUACGGAGAGGCCCAUUCCGUGCUGCGUACCUUCCACCUCUCAUUCAACCAGGCAGCUAUGCUCCCUAUCUCCGUUCGUCUUCUGUCAGUGAUAGCUGUGUUCGAUAGACAGGAUAUCCCACGGUGGCUUCUCCGUGAGACCACGAGAGAUGAAAACACAACAGAAGCCGAGUUCACCGAUUCUCUAGGAAAGCUGGUCUCUCUGUCUCUGUUAACCGACAACGGAAACGGCGAGGCGUUCUCAAUGCACCAACAGGCGCAACUGGCUGUCCGGGACUGGCUCAAGGGCCAGAAGGAGACGAAGUACCAUGAAUGUGCUGUCGCAAAGCUGGCGGACAUUUUUCCAACAUCAGAAUAUCAGAACUGGAAAGAGUGUCGAGUUUUAUUCCCGCAUGCGCAGGCAGUGUUGGAAUACGAUAAGAACAGUUCCACACUACCGUACGCAGCAUUACUGCACAAGGUCGCCCUCUAUCAGUGGCAGCAGGAGAAGCUGGAACUUGCGCAGACCUACGCGCACGAAGCCUACACGAUCCGGAAGAAGAAUUCGGUCGUCCCUAGUAAGGAAAAUCCAGCUAUUAUUGACAGUCUGGCUCUGCUCGCGUCCAUCAUGAUGUAUCGUGGACUUCACGCCGCGGCAGAGAAGAGACUCCGGGAGGUGUUAAAUUGGAGGAAACGAGUGCUUGGCUACAACCAUCCUCACAGCCUCGAUAGCGUGAACGAGCUUGGUAUACUGCUUCGACGAGCGCGUCGGUAUACCGAGGCGGAAGCGAUGCACCGCCGAGCACUGGAAGGUCGACGUAAGGUUCUGCGGGCGAACGACCCGGCCGUGUUUGCAACCAUGGACGAUCUAGGUGCAGUGCUUAUAGAUCAAGGGAGAUAUGAAGAGGCUAGCAAGCUACACCGAGAAGCCCUUAAUGGAAAUCUCGCCGCCCUAGGCCCGGAGCACCCAGCGACACUCACUAGCAGGGAAGAUCUUGCUAGUGUGUUGAGUGAGAUGGGCGAUAUGGAUCAAGCACAGAAUAUGUACCAGCUGUCUCUCGACCAUUACACGAAGCUUUUAGGGAAAGGGCAUUCGGAUACCCUGUCCUGCAUGAACAAUCUGGCGUGCGUACUCGUUAAACAAGAGCUAUUUGCCGAGGCGGAGGAACAAUACAAGCAGGUUUCAGAAGCCUACGCCAGGAUCUUUACAAAGCAGCAUCAGUAUACCUUGACCGCUCUACAAAAUCUUUCCAGAGCUCGAGUCCUCCAAGGACGAUAUGUGGACGCUGAAACACCCUGUCGCGAUGCACUUACGGAAAUGGAAACAUUGUACGGAAAUGAUCAUGCUACAACGCUCAUCUGUCGGCGGCGAUUGGCGGAUAUCCUGAAACUACAAGGUCGAAAUGCAGAUGCCGAGCAAUUGUAUCGGAGUGCAUUGGAAGGCUGGGAAAAUCGACUGAUGGACAACCACGAAGAGCUAGAUGGCUGUAUUACUGGCUUGAUCAAUGUCUUACGGGCUGAGGGAAACCACGACGAGGUCGAACGAGUCCAGAGACAGUGGAAUCGGACUUUUCUUUGGUUUGUUUGGGCCUUAGGUCGCAACUUAAUCAGAAAAAUUGUCUAG